UCAUUAUUCCAUUCCUUCCUCCAACCGAUCAUCCCUGUUUCAUCUUUUGGUCUCUAUUGAAAAACAAUCAUCAAACAAGAACAACAAAAAAACCUGUUCCUCUUUCCCUUCUUCCAAUUUCCCCAAAAAAGAAAAAAAACACCCUCUCUCUCUUUCUCUCUCUCUUUCCUUGCAAUUAGCGAUGCAACAAGGAGAUUACGGCUCUGCUCCAUAUUACCAACAAUACUCUCACUUCCCAAACCCGAACCCGAAUCCGAACCCGAACCCCUCCGAUCCUCUCCCGAAUCCUUACGCCUCCGCGCCGCCGUUCACCUCCACAUACACCUCCUCCUCCUCCGCCGCCGAUUACUCCGCUUAUCCCUCCACAUACCCUCCCUUCUCUCAAAAUCCCGAUCCUAUCCCUGCCCCAGUUCCUACUCCCACAGCUCCUUCAUAUAAUACCUCAGCUUCACUCCCCAAUUUGAACUCGCCUUCCUUCAAUUCUCCGCCACAACAAUCGUCUUUCCCUCCUUUCGAUUCUCACGUGCCGUAUCAACCGCCAAAUCAGCCUCAAUCACAACCACCACCGCCGCCCUAUUAUCCACCGUUCGAUCACCAUCAGGCGCCUCCUCCCAGCUAUGCACCUCCACAAAACCCAAUCCCUAACCCUAACCCUAGCCCCAAUCCGAUGUACUCGGCGGCUCCGUACGGUCAGGUGAACUCUUCGGUCCCACCUGUGUACGACAAUCCGGUGAAAUUCGACCACGCCGGUGGGUAUUUCGACGACAGGUACGGAGGUUUUGGUCGGAGCCGGUCCGACUUGGGGUCUGAUCCGUAUGGGAAGCGAUCGGAGGAGUCUCCGCGCUACGAUUCGAUUCGCGAUGACGGUGCGUAUGCGUAUGAAGGUGGCAAGGUGGAGCCGUACGGGGCUCGGGGCACCGCGCCGAAGUCUUCGACGUGGGCGCCCACGUUCGACGACUAUGGGAGGUCGAUCGGUUUCGGUUCCGGAAAGGAUUCGACGGUGACUUCGAAUUCGAGCAAGAUCGUGAGGGCUGUCCCCAAGGCCGAAACUCAACAAGACGUGAAGAGUGGGGUCCAGAAGUUUCGGGUCAAGUUGCUGCCGGAGAGUCUUGGUCAGAACACCAUGGAUGUUCUCUGCCAGAUUGGUUUGGAUGGAAUUCGCAUGCUUGAUCCCAGUACGAGUCGGACAUUGAGAAUAUAUCCUCUUGAGAACAUUACAAGAUGUGAGGUUUCGGAUUCAUCGACGCUUGCAAUUUGGUCCAAGAGCUCUGUGGACAUUGAGCCUAGACGUAUCAGAUUGCAAUCAAAUGGUUACACUACCAAUACUCUUCUGGACACAGUGACUGCUGCAACUGUACAGAUCAAGGAGAUGGGUGGAAGAAGCAGGCCUGCUGAUUCUUUCAAGACAAAUGAACAGCCUACGGAUAAGAAGAAAGGUUUUGGAGAUUGGAUGAACAUAAUAAAGCCUGGCAAUGAGGAGAAAGAUCAUUGGGUCCCUGAUGAAGCAGUUUCAAAGUGUACAGGAUGUGGGACAGAUUUUAGUGCUUUUGUGCGCAAGCAUCACUGCAGGAACUGUGGAGAUAUUUUCUGUGACAAGUGUACCCAUGGUAGAAUUGCUUUAACUGCUGAUGAGAAUGCUCAGCCAGUAAGAGUUUGUGACCGAUGCAUGGCAGAAGUGACUCAGAGGCUGAGUAAUGCAAAGGAAGCGGCUAGUAAACCUGCAGCAGCGCUGCAGAGUCAUGAGGAUCUUGCCAAGAAGCUUCAGGAGGAGAUGGAAAAGAAUCGAAGGGCAUCAUCAGUGUCCAAGUCUGAUGGAUCUGGGAGGCGGAUGAAGGAAGUUGCCUGUCCUAUAUGCACUGUCCAUUUGCAGGUCCAAGUUCCUAGCUCGGGUUCUGAGACCAUUGAGUGUGGGGUUUGCCAGCAUCCAUUCCUUGUGAGUGCCCACUGAUAACAUGUGUCGAGAAAGUGCUUCAAUUUCUGGAAACGAUUUGGAUUAGAAUUGUUAAUUAAUUUUACUAAUUGAGCUAUGUUAAUAAUUUGGAUUAGCAUUUGUGUAUUGUUUAUCCUUUGUUUGGUUUUACACUUUGUUGACCUGCUGUCAGCUGUUUUUACUGCGGUAGUGUAUAUUCAGUUUUUUCUUGUAAGCUACAUCAAGUGGGUCGUCCAUGGCUUUGUGUAUGUACGCAACGGUUAAAUCUUCAUAUGAAUACAUGUAUUAUAUUAUGUGCUCUAUUCAA